AUGUUUCUCUUCGACUGGUUCUACGGCAUCCUCUCCUUCCUGGGGCUGUCUAACAAGGAGGCGAAGAUCCUGUUCCUGGGCCUCGAUAAUGCCGGCAAGACCACCCUGCUCCACAUGCUGAAGGACGAGGUUCGAUCUCUGACCUUGCCCGAGGGUAGUUGUACCCAAUUAUUCCUUGAGAGAUUCUUUAACUUCUCGAUUUCCCUUGUUUUCUCCUUCUUCGUUUGAUUGGUUGGUCGUUUGUGCCCAAAUCUGUUGAGCAGAGAUUGGUCCAGCACCAGCCGACCCAGCAUCCGACGUCCGAGGAGCUGAGCAUCGGCAAAAUCAAAUUCAAAGCCUUCGAUUUGGGGGGCCACCAGAUCGCACGCCGGGUCUGGAAGGACUACUACGCUAAGGUCCUCACUCUCGUGCUCUAUCGCCCCCCCCCGCCCCCCGCCACACCCACCCACCCGCCCAUCUGUUCAUCUGCUCUUCUUCUGGUCGUUUGUGGAUAGUCCCGGUAGAUGUAAGCAUCGGGAAGGCCUCUUGUUUCUCAGAUUUGCAAUUCACACCGUGUUUGUAAACGAAAGAUUUCCCGAGUUUUUUCCGUCGUAUGGAUGAAGAAACCCAACGCUUUUGCUCUUGAUGGGUUCCCCGCAAAAUCGCGUGGUUCCUCCUCUUCGAUGCCAGUAAUCCGCUUGGUGAGGAAAUUCCCAUUUCUAGUCUCGUCCGCGCAACGGAGGAAAGAUUUCAAGGAGAAAUCAAACGUUGCGGAGUUUGAAGAUUUAACGCGCCCCUUAAUAUUUUAUCGGCGAUCUGGAGAAGCUUUGGUUCCCCGUAUCGCCAUCUCCCAUCGGAAUCCAAUUCUUUGGAGAAUUUGUAUUUCAGGUAGAAUCAAGAGGGUCUGAGAAGUUUCUGUGCCUUCGUAGAGCGUGGCAUCAAGGAUAAAUCUCAUGGGUUUUGAGAGGAUGGUAGACCGUGCUGGAAUGAUCCCAUCAUGAGCGCGCGACUAUCGAGAAAUUCCCAUCUGUGUCUGAUUUUAUUAUUCAUCUGACUGUUUAUGGCCUAUUCAUUUCUGCUGCAUCAGACCAUUUAUUCUCAUUUUAUCCCGGACGUCGACGGGCCUGCUUACAUUGGUUUUUCGUUUGGUAGCAGCAGCCGCCGUAUUUUUCACCUGUGUUCUUGAAAGUUGAUUGGUUUUCUAUGAACCCAUUAAGAUCCUGCGGCAACAGUCGUCCGAAAAAAAUUGAUACAAAUUUCUGGUUCUGGAGGAUGAUACCCCAGGAAGAGGCUUCCUCUUUCGGCUCAGACCAGCUUUCUGAAGGUAUGCUUCUCGUCUGGGCCUGCGCAGGUGGACGCCGUCGUCUACCUGGUCGAUGCCGCCGACAAGGAGAGGUUUGUAGAGUCGAAGAAGGAGCUCGAUGGACUCCUCUCCGACGACUCGCUAGUCAACGUCCCCUUCCUCAUUCUGGGCAACAAGAUCGACAUACCAUACGCGGCGUCUGAGGAGGAGCUGAAGUACUACCUCGGCCUGAGCAGCUUCGCCACCGGCAAGGGCACAGUGAAACUCGACGGCUCCAACCUCCGCCCCAUGGAGGUCUUCAUGUGCAGCGUCGUCCGUAAGAUGGGCUAUGGCGAAGGCUUCAAGUGGGUCUCUCAGUACAUCAAGUAG